AUGGACACAAGACAAGAAAUGGAAGAUAAAGGCCUUACUAUUUUGAAAAGGUUGGAAGAUAACUGCUUGUUGGAAAAUAUUACCACUCAAUUUGGUUUACAUGGUAUAAAGAUGCAUGAUGCAGUGAGAGAGAUGGCAUUGUCGAUCACAAGAAUGAAUCCUCGAUAUAUGAUACAAGCAGGUUUGCAAUUAGAAGAGUUACCAGAAAAGGAGCAAUGGAGUCCGGAUAUUGAGAAAGUGUCACUUAUGUAUAACUCCAUAUCAGAAAUUUCCAUAGAUGUGCUACCCACAAAAUGCCAACUGCUCACAACCUUGUUAUUGCAGAACAACCCUAUAAAGAAGAUCCCAUAUUCUUUCUUCACAAACAUGCCUUGUCUUAGUGUUCUCAAUUUGUCCUUCACAAAGAUCGAGAGUUUACCAAAUUCCAUCUCUGAACUAAAGAACCUCACAACAUUGUUACUUCAUAGCUGUCGAGAAUUAAGAGAUCUGCCUUGUCUUUCGAGGCUUCAAGAAUUGAAGGAGUUGGAUCUUCGUUGGACUGAAAUUGAGGAAGUCCCUGAAGGCAUAGAUAUGCUGAUAAAGCUAAGAUAUCUUGAUCUUGAAGUGUUCACUCUGAAAGAGAUACCCGCUGGACUUUUACCAAAACUCGUUCACCUUCAGCACUUGAGUUUUGCUGGGAACAAUGAAAAAAUAAGUCUAAAAGCAGAGGAGUUGGAACCAUUGAAGAAGUUGGAGCUCUUUACUGGGUGUUUCGAAGACAUCAGUGAAUUUACUAAGUUCAUCUCCUCAAUGCAACAAAGUAAGAAAAGUCUCAUCAAGUACCAUUUACGGGUGGGCUCAUAUUUAAUUCCUGCGUGGAGGACUCCUGAAAUAGAUAAAAAAGUGGCAAUUGGAGGAAUCGACAAUUGGGAAGGUGAGUUAAUUAUGCACCCAAUUGAAAUUCAAGAGUUGCAUAUUACUGAGUGCGACUAUUUGAGAAGCUUAGUUGAUGACAAUUCUUCCUUCAAAAAUGCGAUUGACUUGAGGGUUUGUAGGAUUUGGGGGUGUACAGGGAUUGAGUGUGUUGUUUCCCUGUCCUCUUGUUCCUCUUCUUCCGCUCAUCCAUUUCAGAGCCUUGAGGUGUUGGAUCUUCAAUUUCUGCCAAUGUUGAGUGCCUUUAUUAUGAAAGAUGAAGGAAUUGGUUCAGCAACAACAUCAUUGGCUCCGUCUGCCACCUUUUCCCAUCUUAAGGAAAUUACGAUAUACAGCUGCUCAAGUAUGAAGACGUUGCUUCCACAUUGGUUGCUUGCAAACCUCCAAAACCUGGAAGAGAUACAUGUGGGUGCUUGUAGUCAGCUAGUAGAAAUAUUGGGAGCAGCAACAUCAGAAGUUGAAGAAAAAGGGAGUGAUACGUUAAUCAAAUUCCAUCUUCCCAAAUUGAGAGAAUUGAGACUAAGUAAGUUACCAAAUUUGAAGAGCAUUUGCAGCAAAAGUGGAGUGAUGGUUUGCGAUUCUCUCCAACUUAUCCAAGUUGUUGUUGAGUGUGAUAAACUGAAGAGAAUUCCUCCAUUUGUUCCCCUUGUUGGCACUGGGCAGCCAUUUGCAUAUGCUCCACCUUCUCUUACCAUCAGGUCAAGCACAGAAUGGUGGGAAUGGUUGGAGUGGGAUGACCAUCCAAACUUUAAAAAUGUUCUUCGCUUCAACCCCUUUGGAAACUUUUAAGGUAUAUUUUUGAUAUUGAAGAAGAGAAAGAUAAAAGGGUUGGUGGGAAAGAAGUAGGGGGGAGGAUAGUGCAAAAGAGAGGAGAAAAGGAAUAAUGGAAGGAAGAGGUUAGGCGCAUAAAUAAGAGAUCAAACUGCCUCCACGUUUUAAACAUUGUCCCUCUCUUACCAUUCCUUCUAUUCUCUAUUUCUUCUCUAAUAUAUAUAUACACUUCCGAAAAUAACCUUCUAAAUAUUUACUAUUAAAAUAUUUAUAUUAAUCAAAAUUAUUUAAGUUGGGACAAAA